UGGUAAUCGUUUAAGAAUAUUCCUAGAAAUCAUAUAAAAUAAUGUAUUCCAUUUUUCAUUCGUUUCAAAAUUCGAAAAAUUCAGGUAUGACUCUCAUAUUUCCAACGACGUGUACAGUACAAACAUUCUCAGAUGGGGUUAAUAGAAAGAAAAGUUAAAAUGUGGAAAUCUUUAGAAUUUUAUAUCGAAUCAGCGAGAUUUUUUUCAUAAUCAAGGAGUACCUGAGUUCCGACAAAUGACGACCUGAUCUGAGCAAUCACGAUCCUGCAAGGGGGAGCUCCAGGAGUUGAAUUUGAGUGUGCGGAGAAGGGGAAGUCAGCAGUGAAAAAUAAACUUUCCCACGUAAAUGAAUAAUUUAGAAGAAAAUCCCCAUGUUUUUGAGCAUUUUCCGAAUUCACCUGAAUUUGAAGGAUAAUUUUUUAUCUUAAUUGAGUGUGUGAAAAUGAAAAGCGAUUUAGUGCUACAGGGGGGUGAUGGGUGGUGAUGGUGUUGUAAACAGUGCGCGUGUGCGAAAAGGCACCCGGGGGUGGUUGGAUUGGUCUGUAACUCCAAAAAAUCUCACGAUUCCUCUUCGGCUCUUUACUAUUUCCCGGUAGUCCAACCAACAACCGUUGUUGCUCUCUCACAUUCCCUCGUUUCGAGGCUUCCCCCCCAAAAUAAAACAAGGAAAAGGAAAAAAAAAAUCCGUGUUUUGUUGCAAUUUUUUUUUUCUUUCCCCAUUAUUUUCACCAACUCGAAAUCACUUUUUUCCCCCGCGCCGAGGCAAAACGAAAAAGCGUCGAGGGGAAUCCAAGUGGUUCAGGACGGACAAUCAGUGUUGGCAUUUGGGUGGGAUUAAUAUAUAUAAUAUUUUUUUUUUUUGGGGGGAAGGAGAAAAACCGGGAAACGAGUCCGAGGGCAAUACUGAAAGGUUACGAGACUGGAGGCGCACAAAAAAGCACGCGGUGUCUAAAAAUGGCGAAGGCAUUUCGCGCGGUGACAGUAUCGACUUUGUCAAACAAUGGACAGUCAACGCCGAAAUACGAUAAGCCGGUAGGACUCAAUAUCAAUUACGAUCCACAAGGAAUCAGCAUUGAAUUUAUAUCAGAGGAGCCAACUGAGAAGCAGCCAAAGCAAUUAUUGGAAUUUCCCGUGACCCACACGACAGAAUGUUCUCGUGUGGCGACAAAAAGUUAUGUAUUCACAUUAGACACCGAGAGUAUCCUCCUGACAUUCUCCACCGAAUCAGAUUUUCGAGGUUUCCACUCGCAAAUUCUCAAGCUGAAAAAUGGAAAAGGUGUCUCGGCAUUCAACGAGAGAACCGAGGAUCUCUCAGCAAUGCAGUAUUUCCAAUUCUACGGUUAUUUAUCUCAACAACAAAACAUGAUGCAGGACUACAUAAGAACGAGUACCUACCAGCGAGCAAUAUUGGGAAAUCUGUCGGAUUUCAAAGACAAGAUUGUGCUGGAUGUCGGUGCUGGCUCAGGAAUUCUGUCAUUUUUUGCCGUUCAAGCGGGAGCUAAAAUAGUUUAUGCCGUUGAGGCGAGUAAUAUGGCUAAUCAUGCUGAGCUACUUGUGGCUGCUAAUAAUCUGUCAGAUAAGAUUGUUGUCAUUGCUGGGAAAAUUGAGGAGAUUGAGUUACCCGAGGACGUUGACUGCAUUGUGAGUGAGCCAAUGGGAUAUAUGCUGUACAAUGAGAGAAUGUUGGAGACCUACCUGCAUGCUAAAAAGUGGCUAGUUCCAGGAGGCCGCAUGUUCCCUUCUAGGGGAGACCUCCACAUAGCCCCAUUCUCCGACGAAACCCUCUACAUGGAGCAGUUCAACAAAGCAAACUUCUGGUAUCAAACAUGUUUCCACGGUGUUGAUUUAUCCUCUCUACGAAAUAGUGCUAUUAAAGAAUACUUCCGACAGCCAAUUGUUGAUACAUUUGAUAUUCGCAUUUGCAUGGCCAAAUCCGUCAGGCACGUUGUCGACUUCCAAACUGCUGACGAGACUGAUUUACACAAAAUAGAAAUAGACGUUGAUUUUCAUAUACUCGAGAGUGGCACUUGCCACGGUCUGGCAUUCUGGUUUGACGUUGCAUUUAUCGGUUCCACUCAACAAGUCUGGUUAAGUACAGCUCCAACAGAGCCACUUACCCACUGGUACCAGGUCCGUUGUCUCCUGGAGAAUCCAUUAUUCUGCAAGAGUGGACAAUUGCUCUCAGGGAAGGUCAUUUUAGUAGCUAACAAAAGACAAUCCUAUGAUGUAACAAUAGACUUAAAACUGGAGGGAACGAACAUGGAGAGUAGUAGUAAUACACUGGACCUGAAAAAUCCCUACUUCAGGUAUACUGGUGCUGUUGCACAAUUGCCAUCAGGUUUGAACAGCACAUCACCGAGUGAAUCGUACUGGACAACACUGGAUGCACAGGGAGCUCGUCAGGCUGUCAACAUGGUCAACGGAAUGUCAGUGAAUGGUCUUGGUGAAGUGUCAAUGGACACACCUGGUGCUGUCAAUCCUAGUAAUUUACUAGCUCUAGGGGGUCAGCCAAAUAUACAUCCGGGCUCAAUAUCGAGCACUGGGAGAGGUAGAAUUGGUGGUACAGCAACAAGUACCCAAGCUGCUCAGCUUAUCGGUGGUGGAAUAACACCAAAUAUGUUCACAUCACCAGCAACUCUUGGUGUUACUUUCCAGCAAUCGCUGGUACUUGGAAAUACGUCCCAUUAUCCAGUGAAUCCAAGUUUGAUGAUUGGUGAUUACGUGACACCUGGUAAUGGAAUAGCACCCCAGGCAUAUCGACAAUGAUCCAUGGCUAAAUCACAUCGUAUUGAUUACACACGUAAGACAAAGCAAUUGCAUGGGACGAGUAACAGUCGUCAGAAGUUGAUUGUUAACAGUAACAAUAGCAACAUUAAUCGACAAGAUCGUAGAUUUGUAUUCAGUACACCAGCGAGUAAGUUACGUCUGUCAUCGGCAGUGAGGAUUUUACAUUCAACUGAUGAUGAGUUCACCGCUAAAUCAUCAGAUAAGCGUGCUAAGAUCAAUGAUAUUGGUUUGAGAUGGAUGUCAGGGAAGAAUCACAAUCUGCUGUGGGAAACUCGUUGGAAACGAUUGCGUGCGAUUCUCUCAUAGCGAAUUAAUUAUUCUCAGUAACAAUCGAGAAUAUCAGUCAUCAGUAUUGAAGGAACAAAGGACAUCCCCUGAUUCCAUCUCCCAAUAAAAAAAACUCUGAUAAAUAUCACUAAAAACAGGAGCAUGCCAAAACCAACGGGAGAAAGACGAUAUUUUUUAAUGACAAUACUAUUUAAUCAUUCGCAAUGUUCCCUGAUUCUAUGAAAAGUCUCUUUGAAUGCUCUUAUACUUUUAAUAGCUCUUUUUCCUUGUGAUCACUCACGAGUGCUGCGUUAAAGCUCUUGCGAAGCAGCUCUUUUGUCUGGUCUCUCCAUAUUUUAUCUCAUUUCUUAUUCCCAUUCAACUAAGAGCAGCCUGAGAGUUUUUUUUUAGAUGGAGUAAAGCUGAAUGGCUCCGAUGAAAUUUUAAGUUCAAACCGUGCUCGAUGUCGAAGAUAUUUAUACAACCCUAGAGUAGACUAUUUUAAGGAAAAUAAAGAAAAACAAAUUGUGGAUUAUGUAGAGGAAUGAUGCAGUGCAAACAGCUGGUGAUGAUCUUUUCGAUGUGAACGUUCGAGCACUGUGGCAUUGCCUGUCGAUUUAUUUUUUUAUUACACUCAAGAAUUUAGUUACAAAAUUGCGCUCCUUGACAAUGAGUCAUUCCGUUUGUUGCUUUGAAUUAUUUCCAUUAAUUAUGAACUGAAUUAUGAACUUUUGAAAAAUUUAUUUUGUUCACUUUGAGAAUGUGCGAAAAUAUUUCCUAUGUGUUUUUUCUGUUCAUUCAAUGGCAACGAAUUAGAUGCGAAACAUUAUUUUGUAUCGUGAAUUGUACAUAUAAUGAAAUUAUGGCACAAUGACAAAUAAGGAUCUCAACCACGAGCCGAUGUGCCGAGUAAUAUUUACUGUAGCUCCUAAGAAUUAUUGAAACCCAGUGUGUGUAUUUUAUUUUAUCGUAAACAUCCCAAUCGCACAAACACUUGCCAUCUGCUUAAGAUAACUUGUAAUAUUAAUGAAGUGUGUCGAUUUUUUUUUUCCUUUCACUGUCAGGAGAGUCCGCUGUGAGUGACUGGUUCCCGUUUAUUUUAUGUACUUUAAAUACAAAAGUUCUUUUUCUUUUGAAUGAUAUUACUCGAUUGUGGUGUUUACUUUUGCAUUAAUUCCAUUCCAGCACUGAAUUUGAGGGACAGGCAUUCCACGAGUGCUGUUCAAUGAAAAAACAACAAUAUGAAUGGAGAACAUGGGGAAAAGUUUGGCAAAGUGGACACGUCAUGCUCCUCGAUAUAUUUAAAUAACGAAGAGAUCAAAUGCUUUGAGGGCUUGAAGAAUAUCUCUAGAGUGUUCCCUCGACGGAACUGAAAUAAUCUUUUUUCUAUCAGCUCCAUCAGCUUUUUGGUGAGUUAUGAAUAUUCUGGGGGAGUUAUGGAGUCUCCAUUUUGUCGCACUCUCGCCGCGUUCGAGAGGGAAAAAUAAAUACUGCAAAGCAAAAAUUGUAUAGCUCGAUUAUGUACAUACAAGCAACUCUCUUCCAUUGAUUUCCUUCAGUUCCCUUUUCCUUAUUGUGUGUAUGCGUGAGAGUGCGAGCGUAAUUUUUUAAUGAAAUGAAAGAAAACGAAAAAAAAAAACAAACGCCCGAUGACUGAAAUUUUACACUCAAAAUAUACCUCAGGUUGCAGUUGCGAGCCCAAAUUAAUAUUCCUCUGUUUAAUUAUCUCUCCUUUCUUAUUUUGCCCUCUAGUAUUAUGUCGAUUAUUGCGGCGUCAACAUGUAUUUAAUGAUUAAAUUUUAAUCCGAUAUCAUGAGUUACAACGAUAAACAGUGCGAGGAACUAAUUACUGGGUUCUCAAUUCUCCGCCUCGUACAUGACUUAAUAUGCAUCCGUAAAUAGUUGGAAAUGCUGAAUAAUUUAUGUGUUAAUGAAUAACAUCUGUAAUUAAUUUCAGUAUUGAGAUAUUUUUAUUUUUAAAGACAAGCUCGAUCAAAUCACAUCUUCGAUGUCACUCAGAGAUGUCUGUUCUCUCAUAAGAAUGACAUUUUACUACUAAUGAAGGUUUCCAUGAAUUGUAUACUAAUGUUGAGUUGAUUGAGUCACGCGCUCUGAUUUUUCAAUUGCAACAUUAUCAAUGUAGUUUAAUUAAUAA